AUGGCACGCAAGUAUUUGGUCCUGCAGCAAGAAAUAUUCAACUUGCGGAAGAACAAGAUUGCCCUGCAGGAGAAACUGUCCCAGGCUGAGAAGCUGGAGCAGCUCGGCAACCAGCGCUACCAAGACAAGAUAAGAGAACUGGAAAAUAAGAGGGAGAACUUGCGGCACACUCACAGCCGACUAAGACAACAGCUGGAGCAGAUUUUGGCUAGACAGCAAGAGCAGCAACAGCGGGAGCAGCAGCAGCAGGAGGACGGGAGGGGAGGUGGCUUGGGAUCAAACCUCUCCCUGACCCCCUCUGAGGACAGGUGCACGCUCUCCCCCUCUCCAAAGCACCAGGGCUGUGAUUUGUAAGACAGUCAGGGACUCGUUUCUAGUGUGGAUGAGCUGUUCUUCCUUAGUUUCUCAUGCCACGCCCAUAUCAUGUGAGAUGGAAACACAGAAGAAGAAGAAGAAGAAAAGAAAGUUAAUGGAUUAUGUAUAGAUAUUGGAUCAAAGGAUUUAUUACUUUCUGAUCUUCAAAGGGUUCAGAUGUAUAGAAAUUUUCAUCUUGUAUGAUGUUUUUGUAUUUUAGAAAAAGUGAAAAAAAAAUUCUUGGAUGGGGGAUCCAGGGCUGCAAGUUCGAGCAGCUGAAAAAGAGAAGAAAGUAGGCAUUAACUUUCCUUUUUCCCCACUUUCAUGUUUCUUCCUUAACAGGUACUGAGUUGAAUCUAUGGACACUUAUUCUAGACUGUAGGUAUCAGAUAAAACACAUUGUCAAUUUAUUUAGAACCAAAUUUUAGUCUUUUAAGUUGUAAUUUUGGCACUUAUUUAAUAUUCAUUUUAGAAUCACCUGAUAUGACUUAUUUAUUGAUGUAUAAUAUUUUGGAGUUGAUUCUUGCAACUCUAAAAAGUAUGCAUUUUUAGGCUAGACUAUUUUUUAAUGGUAGAAGAUC